GCAGGGCGAGUCCGGCCCUCUGGGCCAGCCCCUCUGUGCCCGCCCCGGCCAUGGCGGCGCGGCUGUGGCGGCUCUGCAACCUCCUCAUGGCCUCCUUCUUCGGGCUGGCGGCCGCCGUACAGGUGAACGACCCCGACGCGGGGCUGUGGACGGUUGUCUACUUAGUGCCAGCUGCCCUGACACUGCUUGUUAGCAUCAACCCUUCAAUAACAGAUAAUGGUGUUUGGAGGACCCUGUGUGACCUUCAUUCUGCUGGCUGUGUGGUUGGGACCAUUGCCUUGGCUUGCUCUUUGUUUGCUUAUGCUCAAGGAAACAUUUUUCAUGAAGAGGAAGGCAGAGAGUUGUUUGGUCUGGUAAUUAUUACAAUAUGGAUGAGGCUUUGUCGCAGUUCAUCAAAGAGUCCUCUGGGAGGAGUUUGCUUGGCUGCUGCAGUCGUGGUUGCCCUCUUCCCCUUUGCUUCAUGGCUGUACAUUUAUGUGAACAAAGAGCUGCGAGCAUCUUGGCCAGAGCACUGCAAAACAGUGAUUUAACUGGGUGGGAGGAAG